GGCUCAUCUGAUCCGCCAUCUUACUGCAGCAUACUGCAGAAACACACGCGCUGAAACACACACUCACACACUGUCACGCUCCACACAAAAACAAGAUCUGUGUCCCGGUACCGACGAGUGACGCCGGCUGAGAGGUUCGGAUGAAUUUGGACCGAUCGUGCGCCGAUUAAGAGAUGGAGGCCAUCUAUGGAGAGAUGGAGGUGGAGAGCUGCUACACACUGCUGCAACUUCCAUCACCCAAGAAGAAACGGAGGAGCAAAGGUGGCACGGGAAACUCAGACAAACCCAAGAAGCCCAGGUCGGCGUAUUUGCUCUACUACUUCGACGUGCGUCAAAACAUGCAACAGGAAAACCCAGAGCUGCCUCAGUCUGAGAUCAACAAAUGCAUCAGUGACAGUUGGAAGAGACUGAAUGUGGCCGAUCGAGGUUAUUACCUGGAGAGAGCUCGCAUGGAGAAAGAUGGCAUCGACCCCAUGAGUCUAAAUAGCAACCAAUCAGCUGCCUCUUCUCAGGAUGUCCCAGGGUUCCGCAAGAUCCUCCCACGGGCGAAUUAUUUGCUGCUCUCAAAGAGUGUAGUGGAAGGGGAAAGUGGAGAGGUUUGUGUGGACGGAGAAGCAGAGGGGACCCUGGAUAGAGCCACUCGGACCCCCACACAGGAGACUCUGGUGUCUCCCAUGACUCUGGGCAGUGAGGUGGAGCUGUCCGAGCAGUGCAUCGCCAUCGAGGCGCUCGGCGAACACACGUCUGUGGGUGGAACGUCACACCUCGGAGUCCUCUCCCAGAAUUCCUGUGCCAUUGAAGGAUCAUUGGGUCUCGGGCGGGAUGCUCUUAAACCCGCUGCUGUUCUUGUGAAGGGAGAGGAGUGUAAAGUAGUGGGCGGGGCCUAUGGUGAUGCUGGCAUGGUGGUAGAGAACGUAAUGGAGGGUGGAGCUCUAAUGCCUCAGAUCAAACCGGAUGCAACACGUCUUGUUGCGAUAAUACCUAAUAAGGGUGUGGUGGAAAAUAAAAUAAUUACCACUGCGGGUCCAGUAAUGAUGUUUCCAGUUAUAAACACUGUGAAAGCAGAACCCAAACCCUCAUUUAAAUUGCCCAUCAGAUAUACACGACGAGGGCGAGGUUACUGCACCACACCUGGCUGUUUGUUUUCAUAUGUCACCCGUCACAAACCGCCCCAGUGUCCUGACUGUGGCCAACAUCUCGGUGGGAAGUGGGUGGCCAUUGCAAAAAGAGCAUCAAGAAAAGCAGCGCCUCCAGGGCAACAAUGCGACGACUUCAAGCUUCCUGUUGCUCAUCCAUGUGGUCUGACAGAUCCGACCGAUGCAACAAUAAACACGGAAAAAGAACUGAUGCAGAACACCGACCAAACAGGCUCUUCCAUAAUUACCCAGAAAUCCUCUGUAGAUAAACCUCAGGACCGAGGCUCUACAUCCUCUCGCAAGGCCGGAUGCAGGAAGAGAGAGAAAAAAAAAGCUCAACAAGCUUCAGCGUCUGAUGCUGAAUCAAAGUCUGUGCUAUCAUUGAGUAAUGGUCAAAUUCAAGUCGUCUCAAGGGAAUUAAACAGCAGUGGAGCACAAAAACGCCGUAUAAGAGCGAUUCUUCCAGCGCCUGCUCAGACCAAUGCGGCCGCCCAGUCUGCACUUGUACAGUGGAUCGCUGUUCGUCCUGAUGAGGUCGGCACAGAUACUGGUAUUAUCAGAACAAUGAAACCAUCAGCCAGUGAGCACAUCGUGGGUCUGAAGCCCAGCACCCUUAAACAGUUGGGUCACAUAAUCACACCCACUGCCUCAGAACAGAAGCCCACGACAGUCAACAGUAACCAAUACAUCAUUACUGACAAUGGCGUUAAGAUUCUCUCCAUGGUGCCCUUUAAGAAAACAUCUGGAUCAUCCCUUGCUCUAGGUUUGUCUACGGCGAGAGGAAGAGGUCAUUGUAAGAACCCUGCGUGUGAUUAUGUGUAUAAGAACAGACACAAACCUCAACACUGUCCGACCUGUGGAUGGGAACUCGGCAAGAAAACUAAACACACGAUCUCUGCUGAGGUUGAGGCUGGUUCACAAAUUCUGAUGGACCCGUCUCAACCUUUGAGCGCCGCUCAGAAGGAAGUGCAGCGUCAGUCAACAGUGAGCGUCCUCAGAUGCUGUCUGCAGUUUCCAGAGAGUGAAGGAGAACUGCAGGACGUCUUCAGCCUCAUACGCGAGCUCAACGCUUCUGUAAUAGGCGAUGAGAUGGACAACGCAACGAAAGAAAGAAACGGAUGGCCGUCUUUUUAUGAACCAGCGGCCACACACUGCAGUCUGUGUCAAUGCCCGCUGAUUAAAGGGGAGCUGAGUUCGGCUGCAGGUUUAGAGGAAUGCUGGUUAUUGACUGACGUUGCGAUUCGACUGGUCACCCUACAGGUGAAAAUCUGCUCGAAUCUGCAGUGUCUGGCACUUCACAGUUUCACAGACCUGCAUCCAGGUUUGUUUAACAUCGGGAAUAAACUCCUGGUGACGCUGGAUUUAUUCUUCAAGAUGAGACAUCAGAUCAGACAAGGAGAUGAUCCUGCACACGCUGCUUUCAGUAUUAUUAAAAACACACAGACACAAACAGACUGCGUGUUGAGCUCGGAGGAUUUGUCUCUUGUUCAGGAGCUCUUCUGCAGUGGUUACUGGGCGUUUGAGUGUCUGACGGUCCGAGAUUAUAACGAUAUGAUCUGUGGAGUGUGUGGCAUCGCUCCUAAACUUGAGGUCGCACAACGCAACACCAACAACGUUUUACUGCUGAAGAAUGUGGAGUUCACCUGGCCUGAGGUCCAAGUGACGGACGAGGUGCAGGUUGAUGAGUUUUGGCUGACGAUGGAGAACGAGGCGUUAGAACAGGCAGCGUUUCCCUGCAGCAUCCCCAUCACGCGAUUCGAUGCAUCCAUCAUUGCUCCGUUUAUUCCUCCUCUAAUGAGGAGCGCAGGUGUCAUUAACACAGAAAAGGAUAAGAUUGCCACAGACACAGCACUCACAGGAGACCCUGCAGUCCUGGUGCGUCUUAUCCACGAGGGUCUGCUGAGAUCGGAUCAGAUUGAACAACACAGUGAGCAGGAGCUCAGGGACGUGCUGGAAAAAUGUGGAAGCCCAGCUGCAACAGACACUUCAAAGGAGCAGCUGUUGGCGUCUGUUUCUCUGUUGUACUCACAAAUAAAAAACGGACUUUGGACGGCGCCUGAACCAAAAACUCCCGUGACGGCGGGCAGAAUCAGCCGAGUGUGUCCACAUCAGGUGGUGUGCAGCUCGAAGUACAUUGUUCGUCGAGAAAGCGCUCGAGAUCACGUGGACCUGCUGUUGUCGACGCGGUUCUGGCCGCCGGUCUAUGUGACGGAUUGUGCUCAGAAGGUGGCGCUGUGUGCUGAUGUGUUAUACCCUGAACUGACCUCUCAGAUGUGGGGUAGAAACCAAGGCUGUUUUUCUGACCCUUCAACAGCACCACAGUACGUCUCAUGCUCAGAACUACAGGACCAGCAGUACACUUUGGAUCUGUCCAUUACUGAGUCAAACCCACAGCUGCACCCCAUCACCAAAUCCGCCUCCCGCUGGAUUGUGCGGCUUGACAGUUCAAACCAUCUGCACGAAGACCGUGAUGCUCACCACGCCAUGACGCUGUGCAGAGAACUCGAACCUUACGUUGACGUAGCAAGCGAGAUAUGCCACGAAUCUGACAAUGAAACUAGCGAAAACGACGGCGUGUCUGCUAUCCGCCGUAAGGCGCUAGUGUUUGAUAACGCAGCGUAUUAUUACCUCUACAACAGGCUCGUGGACUUCCUGAGCAGCAGAGACAUUGUAAACCAGCAGAUCGCAGAGGUCCUGAACGCCUGUCAGCCGGGCGAGGUGGUGAUGAUCAGAGACGCCCUCUACAGGCUGGGAGUGGCACAUAUCAACUCAGAGGAACAGGAGCUUGAAGAUGGCGAGAUGGAGAAAGACACUGAAGUGAUGAUGAGCGAGGAGAUGAUGCUCGUCUGACUCAGGGAUCACGCAGACACGACUACCAUUUCAAUUUUAGGAAACUAUAAGACGUUGGGUUUCAGACACGGAAGCACUUCAGUGGGGUUUAUUCAUGGAACAGUUCACUAAAAACAGGAAGAUGUUGUCUUGUACUCACGCUCAUGUGCUCCAAAGCUUCUGUUAGAAGAAGAUCUGCAGAAGGGAUGUGAAUGUUUGUCCUGUGUUAUUGUGUUCUGUAGUCAUACUAUAUUAAAAUAUAGUAUAAAUAAACAUUUGUUCUCAGACAUUCUGUCUCAUGCCUGCCACAAUAAUCUUUCAGGGACAGGAGCAACGUGAAAUUGACUAACAGAGAACAUUUUUCUGAAGGACUUUUGUAUGCCUUGUGAUCUUUGUAAAUAAGAAUUUUAUUGCCCGUAGCAAAGUGAAACCACUACAGGUGACAAAUCAACAGUAUUUAUUUUAAUUGCAUAUUUUGACAGUUGUGUGUUGAGAGAUCCCGCUUUACCGUGCAUUAAAAAAAAUUAUCAAGUUAACU